AUGUCUCACGGCUGGUCGGCCAAAGAGCACAAGAACUCCAACGCGCCCGCGGGACAGGGCACGGGACACAAGCGUGCGCGUAAUGACGGUGGAAACAAAGUGACGGUGGUUCUCGGCGCGCAGUGGGGAGACGAAGGCAAAGGGAAAGUGGUCGACCUCCUGGCCACGGAGGCUGAUAUUGUCUGCAGAUGUCAGGGUGGCAACAAUGCAGGACACACGGUGGUAGUGGAUGGCAAAGAGUACGACUUCCACCUGCUCCCCAGUGGAAUCAUCAACACCAAAAGCAUAUCACUUAUCGGUAAUGGCGUUGUUAUACAUCUCCCCGGCCUGUUUGAGGAGUGUGAAAAAAAUGAGAAGAAAGGUCUGAAAGGCUGGGAGAAGAGGCUUAUCGUGUCUGACAGAGCCCACAUUGUUUUUGACUUCCACCAGGUUGUUGACGGCCUACAGGAGACUGAGCGGCAAGCACAAGAAGGAAAGAAUAUUGGAACAACCAAGAAGGGCAUUGGACCUGCAUACUCCAGCAAAGCAUCCCGGACUGGACUGCGUGUCUGUGACCUUCUGGGAGACUUUAAGGACUUCUCUACCAAGUUCAAGAAUCUUGUCCAUCAGUAUCAAGCCAUGUACCCCUCAUUGGAGGUUGAGGUGGAGGACCAACUAAAAAAGCUCAAGGAAUACGCUGAAAGAUUGCGGCCAAUGGUUAGAGAUGGUGUCUAUUACAUGUAUGAAGCACUUCAUGGAUCUCCAAAGAAAAUUUUGGUUGAAGGGGCCAACGCUGCUCUCCUUGAUAUUGACUUUGGCACAUAUCCAUUCGUGACAUCAUCCAACUGCACCGUCGGAGGCGCCUGCACCGGCCUGGGCAUCCCUCCUCUCAACGUUGGUGAUGUGUUUGGAGUCGCGAAGGCUUACACGACUCGAGUGGGAAUCGGAGCCUUCCCAACAGAGCAACUCAACGCGACAGGUGAGCUCCUCCAGACGAGAGGGCAUGAGGUGGGGGUGACCACAGGACGCAAACGUCGAUGUGGCUGGUUGGAUCUUGUUAUUGUCAGAUACGCUCACAUGAUCAAUGGCUUCACUGCUAUCGCCAUGACAAAACUGGACAUUCUAGAUGUGCUGGAUGAAAUUAAAGUGGGUGUAGCCUACAAACUUAACGGAAAAAGAAUUCCCCACUUCCCUGCCAAUAUGGAUGUAUUGCAAAAAGUAGAGGUUGAAUAUGAGACUUUCCCUGGAUGGAAGACUGAUACAUCUGCUGCCAGGAAGUGGAACGACCUCCCUGCCAAAGCACAGAAUUACAUUCGAUUCAUCGAGAACCACAUUGGAGUUCCAAUCAAAUGGGUUGGUGUUGGGAAGUCCAGAGAAUGCAUGAUCCAGAUGUUCUAG